AUGUCUUAUGAGUUUGUACUAAGUUCAGUAAUAUGGCCUGAAACAGUUUUAAAUAAGUAUCGUGAAAAUGGAUUUAAUGAAGCAAAAGAAGAAGCUAUUCAUAUUUGCAAACAAAUUGAUAUAAAACCAGAGUUUAAAUCUAAAAGAAAAAGUUUAAAGAAACGAAUGUUUAGUUAUGAAAGCUCUCCUAUAUUAUGCUCAACAAAUGAAGAAGAAUGUUUUGUGAAUGAUUUUUUUUUACCAAUUUUAGAUCAAGGAAUUGUAUCUAUAAAUCAAAGAUUCACCCAAUUAGAUCAUUUUAACAAUUAUUUUGGAUUUCUAUUUGAUAUUGGUAAUCUAUCGACUGCUGAUUCAGAUAUAUUGUUAAAAAGUUGCCAUGAUUUACAGAUUAUGUUACAAAUAGGGGAAAACAUGGACAUUAGUGGAGCGGAAUUAUAUGAUGAACUUUGCUUUCUUUCAGAAAUUAUUGAUAAAGGUACCUCACCUUUAAGAGUUUUACAAAAAAUCCUUUGCAACAGUGUUGGUGAUGUUUAUCCUAAUGUUGCUAUAGCGUUAAGGAUUAUGCUCACAUUACCAGUUACAACAGCAACAGCUGAAAGGUCAUUUUCAAAAUUAAAGUUGAUAAAAAAUUACCUUAGAACAACACUAAGUCAAGAGAAAACUACAAAUUUAGCAAUAAUAUCUAUAGAACAUGAAAUAGUAGACGGAUUGAACUUGGAUGAUGUUAUUGGCACAUUUGCUGAUCUCAAAUCAAGAAAAGUUAAUUUUUAA